AAAUUUUUAUUCUAGAAUAAAAGCACCACCUAAAUUUGUAUCGACCGGGUGUUGGAACCCUCCCCGGUUUACAAAGGUUGAGCAUCAUGCUUCCCCUUUGGUGUAUUAGGAUUCCCAUUUUAGAGACAGCCACUGGUGGCAAAGUCACUAGCCCAAGGUCACAGGAUAGUAAGAGUCAGGAUGGGUUAUUUCAGGUAGUCUUUUCCGAUGGGAGCACCUAUCGGGUGACGGGGAGGGGAGGGGAAAAAAAGAAUUAUGUAAUACAGCGGAGCGUGCUUCCGGUGCUCACUCUAGGAAACGGAUUUAUUUCCCAAGUAAAGUUUAUGUCUUCCACGGGGUCGGGAUAAGGUGUGGCUAGGAAAUUCCUGACACCCGAGGACCAGUGAGUGCCUCGCAAGCCUGUGAGGGGCGGAGACCCUGGCCUUGGAGGAGGAGAAGCCGGCCGGCCGGGCCUGAGGCGAGGCGCGCGGGCGAGCGGGGAGGGCCGGGCUGGGCCAGCCGCCCCUUCCCCCGCCGCCUCAAGGGCAGUGGCGAGCGCGGCGGGCGGGCCGGCCUGGGCUGUGCGGGUUCCCUGCGCGGCGCACUUGCGCACGGCCCCUUGCGUAACCGUCAGCGCCGGGGAUUCCCUAGAGGGGGGUCACUCUCUUCAACCAUUACACACAGCCGAGCUCCGCCGCGCCUCACAAAAUGGCGGCGCCCAUGGAUCCGGCGGCGGCCGCUCCCCGUCCCCAUUUUGUGCGAGGCGAGGGAUCUGUCAACAUGGAAUACCUCCGCCGAGGAUGCAUCUGAAUGGGAAGCCCGCGUCAGGGAACGGAGCCCGCGGGGACCGUGUUGCACGACGUCGGCGACUGCCCGGCGCUCCGUCCUCUUCCGUCUUCUCCGAGCGAAGCCUCCGAGGCCGCGCGCGCGCUGCGAGAAAGGCAGCGGAAGGCAGAGGCGGGCCGCGGCCGGCUGCUCCGGGGACUCGCGGCGGAGUGACGGCGGGCCGGGAUCCGGAGGGACGAGGACCGGGCGGGCCGCUGUCGUCAAGCGUGAGCCGGCCUGUCUCCCUCGUGCGCGCUCGCCGAGGGGCCGCGGAAGCUUCGGCUCGGGGAACGCGGAAUCGCGGUGCCUGCAGCGGCGGCCCAGGCGACCGGCCAGACGCGCUCGGCAGACGAGUGCACCGUAGGGACGGAGACGGCACGAUCCUUGACCUUUUAAGUCGUCGGAGCCCUACCUGGGACUGUAUGUUGUUGAUGUCUUUAGGUGGACAUCGGAACGUCCUUCUACCCAACUCUUGCACUGGGCAGGCCUGCUGGGCUUUUAAUUUUCAGGUCCAGGAGCAGAAUGGAGGGAUGACAUGUUGGCACUUUACAAGGGGCAGGUUGACACUUCGAAGGCAGCGAAUGCUAUGAGUAUGUCUCAACUUCAGCUUUGGCUGAAAUUUACAGCGACUCGCCUGCCUCAGCUUCCUAGUUAGCGCUGGGAUUAUAGUAAGAGCAACCACGGCCAGCUGACUUUUUUCAUUCUAUUAUCAAGUAUAUAGUUCUGUAAGUAUAUGUAAGUAAGUAUAUAGUUCUGUCUCGUAUUUCAGCGUAUGGAGUUCUUAAUGAAAUGUGGUCCAGUAUUUGAGUAAAAGCACCACUCAGUGUCACUUUAAUUUUUAUUUUUUUCUUAA